AACUAGGACAAUUACAAAUAUCAUCUAGUUAAUAUUGUAGGUAUAAUUUUUAUCUGUUGAUCAAAUUUGAUAAAUUCUAAAUUUCUUGAAAUGGAAGUGGUUCCUCGAUAUGAAUAUGAGGUUAUUAUUCCACCGGAAGGUGGUUACGUUUCUCUUGAAUCAAAUGUAUACAAUCUGAAUAAUAUUCAUAAACCAAUUACUGACGAUCAGUAUGGUGUAUUUUUCAUUGAUCCAACUACAAACAAUACAAUUAAUUCACACGGGCGUUUUAGAGAAGAAAGCAUCCAUGAAACACCAGACACAACGACAAAAAUCGACCAUACAUCUCUACAUCAACACGCAGAUAUUUGUAAUAUCACUUCUAUCACACUGCCCGCUCCUUUUCAAUACUUAGAGCCUACUCAACAAUGUAGCACAAGCUUUCAUCAUCAUUGUCUUCCUCUUCAAUUAAAGUAUUUCCAUUCUCUAAGGAACUUUACAAUACUAAGCCAAAUUGGCGUUGGACAAUUUAGUAGUGUCUAUCGUGCUGAGUGCAAUCAACCUUUUGGUCUUAAUGUAGCCCUUAAAGUUAUCAAGGUGAAGUUUCUGUAAAACAAAGUUAGCUAUAUGCAUAAAAGCUCUAUAUCUCGAAUACGUAGUGCACCAACUCAAAGACAUAGUGGAGUAAAUCUUGAUGGAUUAUCAGCAUACUCUACUUUGUCCAACUACGAAGUGCAAGGGUCUAUUGGACAAGGCCAGUUUUCAACCGUAUGGCAAGCUUUUCACACUCCGUCUCGUCAGACAGUUGCUAUGAAAAAAAUUAAGAUAUUUGAAAUGGUCGAUGCUAAAGCACGUCAAGAUUGCAUAAAAGAGAUAGACCUAUUGAAAAGAUUAGAUCAUCCAAAUGUCAUUCGUUAUUUGGCAUCUUUUGUGGAGAAUAAUGAAUUAAUUAUUGUUUUGGAACUUGCAGAUGCGGGUGACCUAUCUCACAUGAUUAAGCAUUUUAGAAAGAAAAAGCGAUUAAUUCCUGAAAAAGCUAUUUGGAAGUAUUUCGUUCAGAUUAGUAGUGGAUUGGAGCAUAUGCAUUCGAAACGUAUCAUGCACCGAGAUAUCAAGCCUGCCAAUGUAUUUAUCAAUGUUAAGGGUCAGGUGAAACUAGGAGAUCUUGGAUUGGGAAGAUAUUUUAGUUCAAAGACUAUAGCAGCUCACUCCUUAGUUGGUACACCUUAUUACAUGUCACCAGAACGAAUACGUGAACAAGGUUAUGAUUUUGCAUCAGAUAUAUGGUCACUUGGAUGUUUACUUUAUGAAAUGGCCGCAUUACAAUCACCGUUUUAUGGUGACAAGAUGAAUUUAUUUCGUUUGUGCCAAAAAAUUGAACAUGGUGAUUACGCUCCAUUACCUAAAGAAAUUUAUUCAGCUGAACUUCGUGAAUUAGUCACUGUAUGUAUACAAAAAGAACCAACGAAUAGACCAACUAUUACACAUAUUUAUAAUAUAGCUAAAGAGAUGCAUGAAUUACUUAAUGGAAAGAUUUCCACGUCUCCUUCAUGUUCUCAACUUGAUUGUCGACCAUCUUCAGCUAUUACAAAAUAAUUCUGUUCAUCUUUAUUUUCCUCUACAUCGAAUAUAUACAAUUGAUUAAUUAAAUUUAUUGUCUUUCAAUCUUUUCUUGAAGACCAUAUCAAUAACACCUGAAUAUGAAGAUGUUUCUUUUAAGACAUAACACAAACAAAAGAAUAAGAUAAAUUCACUUAAACUGCUGUCUAAUACAGGAAUGUAUAAUUGACAAUUUAUUUUUUAAAUAUUCUCAUACUACUGAAUUCAAAAUAAUAUUGUGCUGAUUCAAAUUGAGUUUGUUUUUGUUUUUGUUUAGAAGAAACAUUUUUUUUCUUGCCUUCUCCUUUUUUUUCUCUUUAAUUAUUUUGUAUCAUAUCGUAGUAAUUUUUAGUUUUGUAUUGAAAAAAAUAAAGAAAAAGAAAAGAAAAGAAUAAAUAACAACCGAGAACAAUGAACUCAUUUGAAUAGUUUCUAUUUACUUUUCAUUAGAAAUAGUUUAUCAUAAAUGAGAAACUUGUUUUCACUUAUGUAAUCACAUAUCAUUUAUCAGUUAUGUAACAAAACUUCCAUUCAUUCUUUCUAUAUUGUUUUGUUUUGUUUUAAGAGAAUUUCAUGAAUUGAUUGCCUCCAUUAUUAUUAUUCCAUUACAUUUUGUUAAUAUUAAUUUCUGCUUUCAUAUUAGAUUUAGAUAAAUAGAAUUUUAUUCUUUAUAAUUUAUAAAAUGAAUUAAUGUUUUCAUUAUGUAAUUCAUGUAAUGUCAUUGUAGCUUUAUUAAUAAAAUGAAACAGUUUACUCAAA